CCACACACACAAAUCGUCCCUCCCCCACCACCUCCCUCCCACCGACGAUGGAUCUUACGAAUGACACCACGGUCAUCACAGACAGCGACUUAUUGGAUGACUCCUCAACCCGCAUCCUGACUGGCUUUUUCCUCUCGCUGCUCAUCCUCUCCACGUUGGUCGGCAACGUCCUUGUGUGUGCCGCCGUCACCAAGUGCCGUCACCUGCGUUCCAAAGUCACCAACUUCUUUGUGAUCUCGUUGGCCGUCUCCGACCUCCUGGUCGCUGUCCUGGUGAUGCCGUGGAAGGCCGUGACGGAGGUCGCAGGUUUCUGGCCGUUUGGCUCGUUCUGCGACACUUGGGUGGCGUUUGACAUCAUGUGCUCCACGGCAUCCAUCUUGAACCUGUGUGUGAUCAGCGUGGACCGUUACUGGGCAAUAUCCAGCCCGUUCCGCUAUGAGAGGAACAUGACUCCUAAAGUGGCGUUUGUGAUGAUCAGCGUGGCCUGGACGCUCUCCGUCCUCAUCUCCUUCAUCCCCGUCCAGCUCAGCUGGCACAAAGCCCAGACCUUUACCUCUACCUCCAUCACUACCUCCACAACCACCCCCUACGGCCUCCAGGCCCCCCCAGACUCCUCUAACCCUGUUGGGGAUAACAACACACAUCAGGCGCCCCGGGACUGGGACAACUGUCACUUCAGCCUGAACCGGACCUACGCCAUCUCUACCUCUCUGAUCAGCUUCUAUAUCCCAGUGAUCAUCAUGGUGGUCACCUACACCCAGAUCUACCGCAUCGCCCACCGUCAGAUCAGAUGCAUCUCCACCCUAGAACGAGCCGCAGAGAGUGCCAAGAACCGACACAACAGCAUGGGAGAAGGCGGCGGAGAAUCCAGCAUCUCCGAAUCGGAGAGCUCGUUCAAGAUGACGUUCAAACGGGAGACAAAGGUCCUGAAGACGCUGACUCUGAUCGUGGGCGUGUUCGUGUGCUGCUGGCUGCCCUUCUUCAUCCUGAACUGCAUGGUGCCGUUCUGUGAGCCGUCACCCCGCGGUGCCACGGCCUCCUUCACCUGUAUCAGCCCCACUAUGUUUGAUGUGUUUGUGUGGUUCGGGUGGGCCAACUCUUCCAUCAACCCCAUCAUAUACGCCUUCAACCCAGACUUCCGCAAAGCAUUCUCUAUCCUCCUGGGCUGCCACAGAUUCUGUCCCGGAGAUCACGGCAUGGGCACGUUCAGUCUCAAUAAGAAGUGAGCUCAGAGCCUCAGAAUUCCCAGUGGUAGUAAUAAAAAACAUACAUGGAAAACAUCUGCUGAGACACUGGUCUCAGAAGAGGACCUACAGUACCAGCUGUCAUGAACGUCAGAGAACUAUAGCAUGCCAUCGUCUGGUGCAUUGUAUUGCCAUAAGCAAGCAGAGUAAGCACUACAACCUUGGUGUAAAAGGUUUGUUGUUGUCAUUGAGGGUGCCGCCACCUUGUGCAGUGUCCCUGGGCAUAACAUACAGUAUGAUCUGAAAUGGCACUGCAAUAAGAGUCGAGUGACCCUUUGCAGUGUCCCUGACUGUGCAGUGAGUGCAGUACAUUUAGUGACACAUUGUCUCUGUGGAGUAGAUACUACAGUGAGUCAGGGCCCCAGACUCUGACCCAGUGAUGCUUUAUUGUGAAUUUUACAGAAUGUUAAAAAGAGGUCACUUUAUUACAAACGUUUUGAGAUGUAAUACAGUACUUCAAGAAAAUAUAUUAUUCUUUACAAUGUGUUCUCUUGCAAACAGUAACUUUGAUUGUGUUUUUGUUAAAGUCCAUACCAAUACUGCCAUUGUUUUAAUUGAUGGGGAACACCAAAUGACGGUUAACUGAAUAAUCUUUCUAAUGAUGGUAAUGAAAUUCAGAAAGCUUAAGGCUAUUUCAUAACAAACAUCAAUUUAAUUUGGACUGCCAUUUUAAAUCCCUCUCCAAAGUGUUUUACCUUAUUAAUGAGCUACUCAUCUUGCCUUGUGUCUGUGGCUUUUCCAAAGCAAUGCCAGGUGUCCCAACAAGCUCUCAUAGUCUCACUGCAGAAUGAGACGUUCAGCCACAUUCUCCAAACGUCAAAUUUCGAAGUGUUUUUCCUGCUCCUGCUGCUUUGUAUCAUUCCAUUUCUCCAAACGUCAACUUUCGAAGUUAAGGGUUAAGUUUAAGCACUAAUUUGGAAUGGUUAAUGAUUAAGGUUUUGGAUAGGGUUCAGACAUUAAGUUUAGGCACUCAUUCUGAAUGGUUAACGUAAGGGUUAAGGUUUUGGAUAGGGUGCAAACAUUAAGUUUAGACACUAACAUGCUGACCAGAACGCUCAAGCCAUCGCACGCAUGCUGAUUUUGUCCACCCACACCAGACGCGAUCAGGACAUGCAGGUUGAAAUAUCAAAACGAACUCUGAACCAACUACAUUAAUUUGGGAACAGGUCGAAAAGCAUUAAACAUUUAUGGCAAUUUAGAUAGCUAGCUAGCUUGCUGUUGCUAGUGAAUUUGUCCUGGUAUAUAAUCAUUAAGGAUGGGUAUCGUUAAGAUUUUAACGGUAUUACUACUCUUAGCGAUACUGCUUAUCGAUCUGGUACUUUAACGGUAUUCUUAUCGGUUAUUUUUUUAUGAAAAAAAACCCGAAACAAAUUAAGAACAGAAUUAACAUUUGCCUUAUUUUCAAAAUGUAAACAAUUAUUUACAGCAAAAGAAACAGCAAUAGUUUUCAACCCCUCCCUAACCCGGACGACGCUAGAGC